CGGGACUCCGAAGGUGCAAUCCCUCAACCUCGAACAACAGACAAAAAGACCGCCUCAUGUAUCCCGGACCUUCCGGGACCAGGAAGCAACAAUAAAUGGGUUGCUUGACCAGGUAGAUGGCAUAAAUGCGUUCCUAGGUACAGCACGACAAACGUCGCAGCCGUUGAAGUCGGGAACAGAGCAGCAGUACCAAGAACCACACGAUCAUGCUGCGAGAAGCCAUGUCUCCAGCGCAAACUACGACGUCUAAACCCACCUUCCCCCUCUACCUCCUCCCCUCGCUGCGCAUUCCCUUCGCCCGUCGGCGCACUUCCGGGCCAUCGACGGGCGAUACUGCUUCCUGGUCACAAUCCGCAUCGCCCGUGACAACCAGUGCCGCCCCCUCCCUGUCCGCGUCCCCAGCAUCGACUUGCCCGACGUCCCCCACCACACCCACCUCCGCCCGCCGCCUGUCUCGUGCCCGGCCCGACACCCUCCGCUGCCGCUCCUGCUCCGUCGACCUGGCUUUCCACUCGCAGAUCGUGAGCAAGUGCUUCACGGGCCGCAACGGCCGCGCCUACCUCGUCGCGCCGCCCUCGCCGCACGCGACGCCCUCCUGCCCGGCCUCCCCGCUCAACAGCGACGACCACGACAGCGGCCAGUCAGAAACUGGCACCGCGCGGACAACCACGACGACGACAACAACAACAACAACAACAAGCAGCAGGGCGGCAGACCUUAUUAACAUCCGCGUCGGCGAACCGGAGACCCGCUCGCUCAUCACGGGCGUGCACGUCGUGGCCGACAUCAGCUGCGCCGUGUGCGGCGCCACGGUGGGGUGGAAGUACCUUGACGCGCGGGAGUGGUCGCAGAAGUACAAGGUGGGCAAGUUCAUUCUCGAGACGAGGAGGGUGGUGGGCCACAGCGGGUGGGAGGACGUCGUGGGCGACGAUGACGGGGAUGCGCUGCCAGCGGCCGGCGGCUAUCAGGAGGAUGUCGGAAAUGAUCCGUGGAGUCUGGAAAGGCGAGACGGAGAUGAUGAGGUAAUCGUGUUCGACUCGGAGGAUGAGGAUGAGUGUGAGGAUAUGUUUCUCGGGGUGUGGGAUCCCAAGGUUGUGGCCAGGCGGAGGAAGAGCAAGAGUGGAAACGCGAGGCGGUGGUGGUAAUUUUUAUUUUUCUUUUCUUUUUCGCCUUUUCUUCCUUUCUUGCUUAUCGGAAACUGGUUAAUUCUUCUUUGAUGAUCUGGAACUGGCUCACCGGGUGGCAUAGAGUGAGGGCACCGGGAGACACGAUAGGAAAUGGUUUAAGGGAUGGCGAACAUCGAUACCCCGGAGAUAAUGGAGGCUUAGUCUGGAAAAAGUUGGAAACACAACUGUCGACGUUGUAAAGGUCGGGAGGUACAAAGAACACUGGCGUUCGGAUACACUGGCUUCAAACACUUUGUGUUGAGCUUUCGAGCUCUGAAUCAAACGGCAUCAAACAUUGG